CUUCUUCGGCUUCUCUCACAAGCCAUUCCUACUACGUCGAGAAGGGGAAAACCAGAGAUGACAUUCAAGAGUUUCGUUUGCCCUAAUUCUCCAUUAGUAUGGGAUGGUGGCAGAUUCUCCAAGUGUUUUAAUAACCUUUUUUUGGGUUUUGGAGUGAACUUGGUGUCUAUUGUCAUUAUUUCCCUCCUCGCAAUUGCUAAAAGGAAUGCCAGAAAAAAUUUGAGGAACUUUCAGGUAAACCUUGCAGAGAAGGUUUUGUUGCACCUUCUACCUGUACUUGGAGCGUGUCUGUCCAUUGUGGACUUGGUUUUGCUUCUGAAGACUGAACGUAAUGGAAGUGUUGUUGUGUAUGAUUAUGAUCAGGGGCUCUUCAACUGUUCCCAAUUGAUAGUUUGGAUUUCUAUCAUGCUCUCCUCAAAGUGUGCCUGCUCCUAUUACAUUUUUUGCAACUGGAUCUUAUCUCUCUGGUGGAUCAUCAAACUGCUAUUGGGAAGUGUUCGUCUGCUGGCAACAUUUUCGUCCUUGGAGGUUUUAAAUCUUCUUAAAGAGAUAUCUAUUGUUUUGUUGGAUGUCGUGUUCGGAAUAUACAUUAAUGUAAUCAGGGUGAAGUAUGCAUCUCCAUUAAGCAGCUCCUUGGAAGACUCACUGCUUGUAGAGAAAGACAUUGAAGAAGGUUGUUUUCGGAACUCUGGAAAUUCUCAUAGCUAUUGGGAUCUUUUGACAUUCCAAUAUGUCACUCCUGUAAUGAAUCGUGGUGCGGUAAAGCAGCUUGAUUUGGAGGAUUUACUUUUGGUACCUGCUGAUAUGGAUGUUUGUAGUGGUCCUGAUAAAUUGUUGCGCAGCUGGCAAACUCAGGCGAGCAGUAACUUCCAUAACCCAUCCUUGUUUAGAGCAAUAUGUCAUGCAUAUGGAUGGGCAUACUUUCGUAUAGGUCUAUUAAAGGUCUUAAAUGAUUGUAUCGGUUUCAUGGGACCUCUGAUUCUUAAUAGGCUCAUUAAGUAUCUUCAGCAAGGUUCUCGGCGAUGGGAUGGCUACCUUCUUGCGAUAUCCUUGGGCCUCGUUUCAGUUUUAAAAUCGUUCUUGGAUACACAAUAUUCAUAUCAUCUUUCCAAGUUGAAGUUAAAGCUACGGUCAAGCAUUAUGACAGCUACAUAUAGAAAGUGUCUAUUUGUCAGCUUAGCUGAACGAUCAAAAUUUUCUGAUGGUGAAAUACAGACAUUUAUGUCUGUAGAUGCUGAUCGAAUAGUCAACUUGUGUAACAGUUUACAUGAUUCGUGGAGCUUGCCUUUACAAAUUGGAGUUGCACUGUAUCUUUUGUAUACACAAGUCAAAUUUGCUUUUAUUUCUGGGCUUGCAAUAACUAUCAUAUUGAUACCAGUGAACAAAUGGAUUUCUGAAUUGAUUGCAAAUGCGACGGAGAAAAUGAUGAAGCAGAAGGAUGAAAGAAUUAGAAGGGCUGGUGAACUUUUGACACAUAUCCGCACUCUAAAGAUGUAUGGCUGGGAACAUCUUUUCUCUAGUUGGUUAUUGAAGACAAGAUCCUCAGAAGUGAAGCACUUGGCUACACGAAAGUAUCUGGAUGCGUGGUGUGUGUUCUUUUGGGCUACAACACCAACUCUCUUCUCUUUAUCCACAUUUGGACUUUAUACAUUGAUGGGACACGAGCUUGAUGCUGCAACGGUCUUCACUUGUCUUGCUCUUUUUAAUAAUUUGAUUUCUCCACUCAAUUCAUUCCCUUGGGUCAUUAAUGGACUGAUAGAUGCCUUCAUAUCAACCAGAAGGUUGAGCAGGUUUCUUUGUUGUCGAGAGUACAAUCCUCAACCAGAACGAGCAACUGAUCAGCCUGAUUUUAUCCCUGAAGACAUGGCAGUACUUCUAAAUGAUGCAUGUAGUACUUGGUCAAGCUAUGAUGAAGAAUGCUGGAAUUUGGUGCUGAAUCAUGUGACUCUAAACCUUCCCAAGGGUUCGUUGGUUGCUGUAGUUGGAGAGGUUGGUUCUGGUAAGUCAUCCUUGCUGAAUUCAAUAUUGGGAGAAAUGCGGCUCAUUCGUGGAACAAUACAUUGUCGUGAAUCUAUAGCAUAUGUACCACAGGUUCCUUGGAUUUUAUCAGGAACAAUACGUGAAAAUAUUUUGUUAGGGAAGAAUUAUGAGUCACAAAGGUACUCAGAUACUUUAAAGGCAUGCGCACUGGAUGCUGAUAUUUUACAAAUGGUUGGUGGUGACAUGGCUUAUAUUGGAGAAAAAGGAGCCAACUUAUCCGGUGGACAGAGAGCUCGUCUUGCUUUGGCAAGAGCCCUUUAUCAUGGAUCCGAUAUAUAUGUCCUUGAUGAUGUCCUCAGUGCGGUUGAUGCACAAGUUGCUAGGUGGAUCUUACAAAAUGCUAUUAUGGGUCCUCUUAUGGGACACAAGACUCGGAUUCUUUGUACCCAUAACAUUCAGGCAAUAUCUAAGUCUGAUAUGAUUGUCGUAAUGGACAAAGGACAUGUGAAGUGGGUGGGAAACUCGGCUGAAUCUGCAGAUUCUCUGUAUUCAGCAUAUUCUCCUCUAAAUGACUUUAAUGCAGCUUCAGAUGUUCGAGACCAAGAAUGUGGCACCGAUGCUUAUACGGUUUCAAGGCAAAGUAUCCUUCCAGAGAAUGAUUCAGUGCAUGCUUUAGAGGAAGCACAAGAGAUUGUUGAAGUUGAGACGAGGAAAGAGGGUAAAGUUGAACUGACUGUAUACAAGAGUUACGCCAUUUUUUCUGGCUGGUUGGUCACACUCACAAUAUGCCUUUCAGCUAUAUUGAUGCAAGCUUCUCGCAAUGGAAAUGACUUGUGGCUCUCAUAUUGGGUUGAUACGACAGGAAGCAUCCAAGCAAAGUACUCUACAUCCUUUUAUCUGGUCAUACUGUGUAUUUUCUGUAUCAUAAACUCGUUUCUAACACUGGUGAGAGCAUUCUCAUUUGCAUAUGGUGGCUUACAAGCUGCAGUUCAGGUGCACAAUAUACUGCUCAGUAAGCUUAUUAAUGCACCUGUAUAUUUCUUCGAUCAGACACCACGUGGGCGAAUUCUUAACAGGCUGUCUUCGGAUCUCUAUACAAUCGAUGAUUCUCUUCCAUUUAUUCUCAAUAUUCUGCUAGCCAAUUUUGUUGGUCUGUUGGGGAUAGCAAUAGUUUUGUCAUAUGUGCAGGUGUUUUUUUUGCUCCUGCUUUUGCCAUUUUGGUUCAUCUACAACAAGCUACAGUUCUUCUACAGGUCAACAUCAAGGGAACUGCGAAGACUUGAUAGUGUCUCUCGUUCUCCAAUAUAUGCAAUUUUCAUGGAGACACUGGAUGGAUCAUCUACCCUAAGGGCAUUCAAGUCUGAGGGCCUUUUCUUAAGUAGUUUCACUGAGCAUGUGGCAUUGUAUCAGCAGACUUCUUUUUCAGAGUUAACAGCAAGUUUGUGGCUUUCCUUGCGCCUUCAGUUGUUAGCAGCAUUUAUAGUCUCAUUCGUUGGGAUGUCGGCCGUUUUUGGAUCUUUUGGGUAUUUGCCAAUCAGUAUUGGUACUCCAGGACUCGUAGGAUUGGCACUCUCAUAUGCAGCUCCUGUUGUGUCUUUAUUAGGAAGUUUUUUAACAAGUUACUCUGAAACAGAGAAGGAAAUGGUUUCUGUUGAGCGAGUGCUGCAUUAUAUGGACAUUCCUCAAGAAAACCUCAGGGGAUGUCAAUCUCUGGAAGCAGAGUGGCCAUUUCAAGGAAUGAUUGAGUUUCAGAAUGUUACAAUGAGAUAUAUGCCAUCUCUGCCGCCUGCACUACGUGAUAUCACCUUUACCAUAGCGGGAGGUACUCAGGUUGGAAUUGUUGGAAGAACAGGUGCGGGUAAAUCUAGUGUCUUAAAUGCUCUUUUCCGCCUCACUGAGAUUAGUGAUGGUCGAAUCUUGGUGGAUGGCAUAAAGAUCAGUGACGUUCCAGUUACAGAUCUUCGUGCACACUUUGCUAUUGUUCCCCAAAGUCCAUUCUUAUUUGAAGGAUCAUUAAGGGAUAACCUAGAUCCACUUCAGAUGAAUGAUGACUUAAGAAUCUGGAAUGCUUUGGAGAAAUGUCAUAUCAAAGAGGAAGUAGAAGCAGUGGGAGGACUGGAGAUUCAUGUAAAGGAAUCUGGAACAUCAUUUUCUGUUGGGCAAAGGCAGCUACUUUGCCUUGCACGAGCUCUUCUAAAAUCUUCUAAGGUACUCUGUCUAGAUGAAUGCACAGCCAAUGUCGACACUCAAACAGCGUUGAUUAUACAGAAUGCAAUAUCUAGCGAAUGCAGAGGCAUGACAGUAAUCACAAUCGCUCAUCGAAUUUCAACUGUUUUGAGCAAGGACAACAUCCUUAUUUUGGACAAAGGGAAACUGGUUGAACAAGGAAAUCCACAAGCUCUUCUACUCGAUAAGCUGUCGAUAUUUUCGAGUUUUGCUAAAGCUUCUGCAAUGUAAUCACCCAUUAGAUUUGCUUGUUAAAGGGUAAAAUUAUAGAUUUUUCUGUAUCGUAGUUUCUCUCUCAUUUCAUCACUAGUUUGGGGUGGUCUCAUCUCAUCUAAUCUUCUAUCUAAAAAUGGAUUAAAUAAAUUCAAUUUAUGUAAAAAAAAAGAUAGUUAGAAUUCUAUGUAAUUAUA